UCUGAACCUAUCCUCCUCACUUCUCAGCACUUUUUCCUCUUCUGUUUUGCAUCUUUCUAGCUAGGGUUAAACUCUCUUCUUCUGAAAAAAAUUUUUUUGCAGAAAUUUCCAAAAAGCUCUGAAUUUUUCAUUUUAAUAGUUCCUUGAGUGGAAGUUCCGAUACUAAUAAUAAUGAUGUAAAGGUAGAUCUAUCCAUCUCUUCAAAAUCUUGAUUUAGGAAAAAAAUGAGGUAUAACAUAGGAUCUAGGAGGAGAAGACUGUGUGAACAUGGGUUUCUUUUAAUCUGUGGAAUCAUUACUGGGUUUGGAUUAUUAGUUUUAACUUUAAGGUCUAUUGAUCAACCUCCUCCUUAUUCUACUUCACUCACAUUUCCUAAUGAGCUUAAUAGUGAUGAGCUAGUGGAGCAGAAUAAAUAUAAUCAAGAAUCGGAUGGUGAAUCGGGUAAGUGCGCGACGGUCGAAGAGAUGGGAGAGAGUUUUGCUGGUGAUGGACAUGAAAAAGAAAGCCUUAGAGUGAGACAAAUGAUUCGAUAUCAUUUCAUAUUAAACGGGCCUACAAGAGUACGUGAGCUUCCUCCGGAGGAAUUCUGUGAGCAAGGAUUUGUUCUGGGAAAAGCGUCGGAAGCAGGAUUUGGAAACGAAAUGUACAAGAUAUUAACAGGGGCAGCGUUGAGUAUCAUGUUGAACCGGUCAUUGAUUAUCGGGCAAACCAGGGGCAACUUCCCAUUUGGGGAGCACAUAUCUUAUUCCGAUGUCUCAUUUACUUUAAAAGAAGUAAAACAUCUCUGGAGACAGAACAAUUGCACGACUAAGCAUGGAAAACUCCUCAUCAGAACUGAUGAUUUUGAGAAACCUGCAGAAACAAAUGUUCUGUGCGGCAAUUGGAGGAACUGGAAGCACCCAAUCAUCUGGUUUCAAGGUACAACUGAUGCAGUGGGUGCUCAGUUUUUCUUAAAGAACAUACACCCUCAGAUGCGGAAUGCAGCUGUUGAAUUAUUUGGGCAGCCAGGAUAUUUUCAAUCCAGGCCUAAUGUGUUUGGAGAGUUGAUGAGAGUUAUCAUUUCUCCUACCAAAAAUGUUGAGGAAGCAGUGAAUUGGGUUCUUGGUGGUGGUCCGGAUCCUGAUAUUGUUUUGCACAUGCGCAUGCUUUCGAAUAGGUCAGUGAGAGCAGUUCAAGCAGCACUGAGCUGCAUACAGAAAGCUGUCCGCAGUUAUGAGUCCAAGAUGGGAAGACCGCGUAUCGUUUUGGUUUCAGACACACCAUCUCUAAUUAAAGAUAUUACGCCUAUGCUUCGGGAGUUUGCAGAGGUUCUUCAUUUUGAUUAUGAAUCAUUCAAAGGGGAUAUUUCUAACAAAAAUGGAGGCCAUCAAUUAGAAUUCAGAGUGAACGAUUGGGGUCCGGCACCAAGGUGGGUUGCCUUUGUGGACUUCUUUUUAGCCUCCCGUGCAAAACAUGCUGUUAUUUCGGGUGCCCAUAGGCGGGUUGGAACCACCUAUGCUCAACUAAUUGCAGGGUUGGCAGCGGCACAACAGCUUGAUGAAAAUUCGUCUAGCAAUUCAAGCUUUUCUUUCUUGAGCAGCUUCCAAAGUAGUUUGUUGUCGGAAGGGUUGAGGAAUCAGGUAGGGUGGGGACAUGUCUGGAAUCGGUUUGCAGGUCCAUUAAGUUGCCGUCAUCAGCCUGGCCAGUGUGCACUUACUCCACUUUUACCCCCAGGAUGGUGGGAUGGGGAUUUGCAGUCGCCGCUUGUACGAGAUAUCCAUAAGUUGGAAUCAUUUGGGGUCCAACUGACAAGUCUAGGUGAAGUUAACGAGACCCAUCUUCAUUCUUUCUGUAAAUUGAAGAAAGAUGUUCUGAAAACACUUCCAGUCUUUCGCAAAUGUCAAGGCACUGGCUGUUGAUUAAAUUAUUUCAUCCUUCUGUAGCACUUCAUUUUCCUUUUAUGUAUUUUUUAAAGAUGGACUUCAACUGUUCCCAAAUGUGUGUGGGGGAGUUGUCAAGUUUUGGCCUGUAUUUUAUCCAGCUGUCAGCUUGGCGAAGUUUUGGUGUUCCAACCCCAUUUUCUGUGAUGAAAUUAUUGGAAGUUCCCUUUUGGUGAUUGGCUUCCAUGGCCUGUAAUCUGAAUCAAUAUUCCUGUAAUCCUGUUAGAAGAUUGUAAAA